AUGCCUCCACCGACACAUGGAGCUGAAUAUGAACGAUUACGUGAAGUUUAUGAUCGAAAGAGAAAUUGGCCUCGAUGGGGUCCUUAUUUGGCUGAACGACAAUGGGGCACUGUACGUGAAGACUAUUCUGAUGAUGCGAACACUUGGGAGUAUUUUACUCAUGAUCAUGCUCGAUCGAGAGUUUAUCGAUGGGGAGAAGAUGGUCUACUUGGUCUGACCGACCGACAUUGUCGUCUCUGCUUUGCUGUGGCUCUUUGGAAUGGAAAAGAUUCAAUAUUGAAAGAAAGACUAUUUGGUUUGUCUGGAAAGGGUAAUCAUGGUGAAGAUGUAAAAGAACAAUAUUUCUAUUUGGAUUCGACACCGACGCAUUCCUAUAUGAAAUGUUUAUAUAAAUAUCCUCAACAAGCUUUUCCUUACCAAGAAUUGGUCGAAGAGAAUAAACGACGAACCAGAAAGGAUCCUGAAUAUGAGUUGAUCGAUACGAAAAUUUUUGAUAAUAAUGAAUAUUUCGAUAUUUUUGUCGAAUAUGCCAAACGUGAUGUUAAUGAUAUCCUAAUUCGGAUUACUGUCACGAAUCGAUCAGAUAAGUCGGCUAAAUUACAUCUGUUACCAACACUCUUCUUUCGAAAUACUUGGGCUUGGACGAGCCAAAUUGAAAAAGAACCAUUUCGACCGAAGAUCGAACGACAGGAUGGAGAAAAUAUCUUACGAAUAGAACACUGUCAUCUAGAACCGUUCGCUUUUGAUAUCAAUCCAAUGGAUGGUACUGAUGAUCAAGUACCAGAAGUUUUAUUUACGGAGAAUGAAACAAACUUGAAAAAACUGUACAAUAUGAAGAAUGAAUAUCCGUACGUCAAAGAUGCAUUCCAUGAAUAUAUUGUUAAUGGCAACAAGGAUGCUGUCAAUCCAUUACCACAAGGAACAAAAGUCGCUCUUCAUUACCAAUUCAAUGUUGACGCCAAUUCGUCACAGAUACUUCAUCUUCGACUCUAUUGUUUGGCUGAUACCGGAAAUAUGCCACAGAAACUCAAUCGAGAAGAAUAUAAUAAAGUGUUCGAUGAACGAAAACAAGAAGCCGACCAAUUCUAUGAAUCAAUUUAUGCAGGUGAACUGACGGAUGAUGAAAAGAAUAUUAUUCGACAAGCUUAUGCUGGACUUCUUCAUACCAAACAAUUCUAUCAUUAUAUUGUCAAACAUUGGAUUGAUGGAGAAGAGAAAUAUUUAAUGCCAGCUUUUCCGGAGAAACGUCUUCAGACUGUGAAAAACACUGCAUGGCAACAUAUGUGGUGUCGAGAUGUUCUAUCCAUGCCAGACAAAUGGGAAUAUCCUUGGGUGGCCUCUUGGGAUUUGGCCUUUCAUGUAAUUCCAUUUGCUCAUAUCGAUCCAGAUUUUGCUAAAAGUCAACUACUUUUAAUAAUGCGUGAAUGGUAUAUGAGUGCCAAUGGGCAAAUUAUGGCCUAUGAAUUAAAUUUGGAUGAUGUCAAUCCACCAGUACUUGCUUGGGCGGCAUGGCGUGUAUACAAAAUAUCGGCCGUAUCGAAAGAACGUCGAGAUCGAGACUUUUUGCAUAGUGUCUUUCUUAAACUUUUAUUGAAUUUCACUUGGUGGGUCAAUCGAAAAGAUCCCUAUAAUAAAAAUAUAUUCAGUGGUGGCUUCCUGGGUUUGGACAAUGUCGGAGUUUUUGAUCGCAAUAAAAUACUACCAAAUAGCAUGGAAAUGCAUCAAUCUGAUGGAACAUCGUGGAUAGCCUUCUUUGCUUUAACCAUGAUGAAUAUAGCUCUUGAAUUGGCCGGCGGAAAAGACGAACUGCCGAUGAAUGGAGCUUUUCAAGAUAUGUCCUCGAAAUUUCUUGAACAUUUUAUUUAUAUUGUCGAUGCCAUUAAUAAAUUCGGCGGAAAGAAAAAUGGAUGUAAAUAUCAUCGAUUUUUUGGUGAUUCAUGGAAAAUUGAAUGUCCUACACGAAGUGGUCAAAUGAUGAGUUUAAUUGAAGUUUCCCGAGAAAUAACUCGACGAAUUACCAAUAUUUUCAAGUGUGAUGAUCAAGGACGACGAGCAUGUCAUGGAGAUGAUAUUCGCUUUCAAAAAGAUCCUUAUUGGCGUGAUCUUGUUCUCUUUCAUGAGUAUUUUCACGGUGAUACUGGACUAGGAUUAGGUGCAAGUCAUCAAACCGGUUGGACAGCCGUCGUUAUUCGUCACAUUGAAGAUAUGGCCCAGUUAAGAGCGAACAAUAGUAAAGAAAAAAAUGAAUAA